ACAAAACUGACAGUAGGUGACAUUUAAUUUAAGUAGUAUUAAGCUCUAUGAAUGUUGGUGUCGUGUAAUUAGUAUUUUGUUACGUUAGUUUGAAUAUAAUCAUUUUUGUGUAUAAUUUAAAGUUUCUUCUUUCCAAAACUGAUGGAAAAUAUUGCCACUAUAAUGGAUAUGGGAACUUGGCAAAUUCCUUUGAUCUUUGUAGCAUUUUUUAUAAUAGCUAGUGUAAUAUUGAGUCUCAUUUAUAAGUUUGGUAUGAAAGAAAAAAGCUAUGAAGAAGCAUUAGCAGAGCAGCGUCACAAUACUCAAAGUUUACUAGGGUACAAGCCAAAAUCAAAGGAUAAGAAGAUAAAAAAAUCAUCAAAAAAGACAAAAGAUAUAGAUCCCGAUAAUAAAAAAAAAGAACCAGCUAAUCAAGAAUUGAAAGGAAAUUUAAAGACUGAUAAACUGAGGACUGAUGAAUUGAGCCAAAAACAGAAAGAUGAAUCUAAGCAGAAAAAUGUUGCCAAUUUGAAAAACUAUGAAGAUAUCAAAUCUGCAACAAAUCUGGCAUAUUCUCAAGAAUUGAAUGAAGAUAAAACAACUAUUUCAAAAAAUGUUGAACCUAGCAGUAAUUCCAAAAUAUUUAAAUCUUCUAUAAAUAAAAAAGAACAAUCUAAAAUCGAUAUGGUAAAGGAAAAAUCUGAUAAUACUAAGAAAGAAGUUGUAAAGAGAGAAUUGAUGGAAGAUGAACACAAAACAGAUCUUAUUAUUAAAGAGAAAAAAGUUAUAGCAACCAAUGAAGUGGUGAAACAUUCUACUAAAACAGCAAAGAAAGGACUUCCAAAUAAAGUUGAUCCUGAGAAUAUGGAACAAGUAGAUAAAAAACCUGCAAAAGAUGUUCAUGAACCUCAUGACCAAAGAAUAUCAGAAAACAAACCACUAAAGUCUGAUUCAAUUGAAAAAGAAUGUUUAGAGAAAAUAAUCAAUUUAUCAAAGCCUCUAAUAACAAAUGGUUAUAUUGCAAAUCCGUCAAAAGACAAAAGGAAAAAGAAAGAAAUAAAUGCUCUUCAACAUUUGACUUCUGCACAAGGUGGACCUGGAAUGUCUUUUAUUGUGAACAUGGUGAAUAAUGCAGACUUAUCUCACGCUGACAUUCAAAUGCUCAUCAAUUUGCUUUUGAACAAACAAUCAGAUGCUCCUAAGGUAUUGGAGGAUUGGAGUGAGGGAAAAUAUGAUCCAGUUCAAAGACUCAAAAAACAACUAGCUGAAAAAGAAAAAGCUCUCAUUGAUGAGAAGGAAGCAUUAAUGGGUGUACAGAUAAAACUUAAGGAAGUUCGUAAUGAGCAAUUGGCGGAACGAACGUCGUUCAACCAGAAAGUUAAAAUCCUUGAAGAUCAACUUCAAAGUCAACAGCUUGAUCUUCUCGCUUGCAAUAACAGAUGUCAUGCUCAGGGGCAACAGCUGCAACAGACACAGGCUCAACUGAAUGAUGAAAUUAUGAAAUUACAUAGUCUUAGAGAAGAACUAGCUACUGUUCAAAUGCAAAGACAACAAUUAGAAAUGCAUAUUGCACAAGAGUCAGAAGUUAUGAUUGCACAAUUGAGAGCAGAUGUUCAAGAAUAUUCGGCACGAAAUGAGCAAAUGGUGAUAGAUAUUAAUACAAUUCAAAAAGUUGCUGCAGAAAAUGAAUCUUCUUAUAUUGCCCAACUCAGUAGUAUGACACAAGAACUAGGAGAAAAAUCUAGACUGUUAGAGGAAUUGCAUAUUGAAAUUGCAAAUAAAAAUGAAAUGCUAUAUAGACAAGAGGGUGAGCUCAAGACUGAAAUAGCCCAAUUAAAUGUAGUUAUGCAGCAACAAGCUGAAGAAAUAAGAAAAACAGAGCAAAGAAAUGAAGAAAUGAUGGACGAAAUCAAUAGUUUGAAGAAACAAAAAAGCAUAUCAAACAAAGUUAUAACACAAUUAAAGAGUGAGAUUGAAAAAUUGCAAGAAUACAAAACACAAAAAGAAGCUACCAUUGAAAAUAAUAAAAUCAAUGAAACAGAACUUUUGAAUUGGAAAAAUGAGUUGGCUGUUAUGAAAAACUUAUCUGAAGAAAGAGAAAAUAAAUUAAAAUUAGAAUUUGAUUCCAAGUUAAAAUUGAUCAGCAAAUUAGAGACUGAACUAGAGGGACAAAAAACAAAAAAUAAUGAAUUGAGAAAUAAAAAUUACAAAAUACUUGAAGCAUUAAACUCAGCUGAAGUCAGGAUAAAAACAAUCCAAGAAGAAAAUUCAAGCAAAAAAAAUUCAUCAGAUGAAACAAAGAAGAAUAUGGAUUCUCAAAAAAAAUUCCUAUCUAGGUUACUACCUGAAGUGAAUGGUUUGGAAGAUAUUUCCUCGGAAAAAUGGGAGGAAGAAUGUUUCAAUUUAGUUAGUAAUUAUUUAGAAACUUUGAAAAAAGUUGCUAGCAAUGAAUCGACAAAAAAAUUGGAAGCAAAAAUAGAAAAUUAUCAAAGUGUUAUUAAGAAUACAGAGGAUAUGCUAGCUCAACUGAGAGUACAUAUAGAUCAAGAGCAAAUUAGUUGGAAAGCUCAAAUGAAAAAUAAAGAUUUAGAAUUAGAAGCACUUAAAAAAAAAAUUGAAAAGUCGCAGAAUAUAGAAACUAUAAAUGGAUCCUCUGGUGAAGAGCAGUGAAAAAAAAUUUUUUAUAUUGUUAUUAUAUCUUAAGAAAAACGAAAAACUUAUUUGUUAAAAAGUAAAAAUUUUGUAUUAGUUAUGUAAAAAAAAUUCAAUACUUCAUCUUGAAUUUUUUAAUAGUUCAAGAAUAUCUUUGAAUAUGAUGUAAUGAAAAUUUAGGAUAACAAAAUCGUUUAUUUACAAUCAUUCCCUAUAUUUUUAUAAUUGUGCAAUAAAAAAAUGCUCAUGUUCCA